CCGCCCGGCCCGGCCAUGGCCGCGCGCCCCGGGCCGCUGUGGCUCGUGGGCCUGGCGCUGUGCGCGCUGAGCGGCGGCGGCCCCGGCCCGCGCGCCCCGGCCGGCUGUCCGGCCCGCCGCCUGGGCCCGCGCGAGCGCCGCGACAUGCAGCGCGAGAUCCUGGCGGUGCUCGGGCUGCCCGGGCGGCCGCGGCCCCGCGCGCCGUCCGCCGCCUCCCGGCUGCCCGCGUCGGCGCCGCUCUUCAUGCUGGACCUGUACCACGCCAUGGCCCGAGACGACGACGAGGACAGCGGCCCCCCCGAGCGGCGCCCGGGCCGCGCCGACCUGGUCAUGAGCUUCGUCAACAUGGUGGAGCGUGACCGUACCCUGGGCCACCAGGAGCCCCACUGGAAGGAGUUCCGCUUUGACCUGACCCAGAUCCCAGAGGGGGAGAUGGUCACAGCUGCUGAGUUCCGGAUUUACAAGAUGGCCAGUACCCACCUGCUCAACGGGACCCUGCACGUCAGCAUGUUCGAGGUGGUCAGAGAGCAGUCCAACAGGGAGUCUGACUUGUUCUUUUUGGAUCUUCAGACGCUCCAAGCUGGGGACGAGGGCUGGCUGGUGUUGGACGUGACAGCAGCCAGUGACCGCUGGUUGUUGAGCCGGAACAAGGACCUGGGGCUCCGCCUCUAUGUGGAAACGGACGAUGGGCACAGCGUGGAUCCUGGCCUGGCUGGCCUGCUGGGGCAACGGGCGCCGGGCUCCAAACAGCCUUUCCUGGUCACUUUUUUCAGGGCGAGCCCUGGUCCCGUCCGAGCCCCUCGGGCAGCAAGGCCCCUGAAGAGGAGGCCGCCCAAGAAAACCAACGAGCUGCCACACCCGAACAAACUCCCAGGGAUCUUUGAUGACGUUCACGGCACCGACGGCCGGCAGGUUUGCCGGCGGCACGAACUCUACGUCAGCUUCCAGGACCUCGGCUGGCUGGAUUGGGUCAUUGCUCCCCAAGGGUACUCGGCCUAUUACUGUGAGGGGGAGUGCUCCUUCCCGCUGGACUCGUGCAUGAACGCCACCAACCACGCCAUCCUGCAGUCCCUGGUGCACCUGAUGAAGCCGGACGCGGUCCCCAAGGCGUGCUGCGCCCCCACCAAGCUGAGCGCCACCUCUGUGCUCUACUAUGACAGCAGCAACAAUGUCAUCCUGCGCAAGCACCGCAACAUGGUGGUCAGGGCCUGUGGCUGCCACUGAGGCCCGGCCCCGCCGCUGCAGAGCCUCCCGCCUGGAUCAGGCCCCUCUCCAGAUGCAGGAAACUCUCAGACCCAGCCUGACCUCGGGGGGGGGGGGGGGGGGGGGAUGGAGGGGUGGGCCCCCAGAGAUCAACAUAUCUAUGCCCUUCUUUUCUUCCUGCCAGGGCUGGAUCUUCUCCAGGCCUCUCUGCCCCUUCCCUGCCUGAUGUUUGUGAAAAUCUUUUGGCCUCCAGGCCUGGUGGUCUGAGUCACUGAGCAGGUUCUCUCCCAGCCUCCUCCCUGAGAAGCACGUGCUGACCAGCAUUUUGGGGUUGACACAAAAGUCCUAUCUGAGGACCUAUCCGUGUCCAUUGCUGGUCCAGGCUUGUGGUGAUUUGGGGUGAACCGAGGGGCACCUAGAACCCAAAAUGGCUACCUCGGGCUCUUUACUAUCCAUUACAGGGCUUGGAUGUGUGUAGACAGUCUAGUCUACCUCCGGUUGCCUGCCCCUCCCAGGUAUUUCUGGGCACUUUUGUUAGAGUGUGGACUUGCCCUCAUUGCUGUGUAGUUGUGGAUCUGAAUCAUCAAACUGCUAGCCACAGGUAGGCACGUGUGCCAACUCAAGAGCUGAAUGAACCACAUGACGUAGGGCUCAGGCCAAUGGCAUUUGUCUCUCCCGAUCUUACUGCGUUGAUCUGCCUCUGCUAUCCGGGGAAGAGCUGCGGUGUGUGGAUUUUGGCCUUUGUAGAAACAAAAAACUGGGGAGGUUUCAUUCACCUAUCUAUCUGUCACCAUGCUGAGCUCAGCUCCAUGGAAAAGUUCUCUUUUUAUUGAGCCUAGCAUGGUAGAGAAAUUGGGUGGCUCAGGAUGACGAUGCUGAGAACAGAUGACAUGACUACCCUUUCCCUUUGGCAUGGCAAACAUCAAUAAUCAAUCUUGAUUUUUUUUGCUUCCAAAUCUGGAUAGAACUUCAAAAUGAUUGGUAUUAGAACUCCACUGUUUGCCAUCUUCUGCCAUAAGGAGCAAUCCAUUUCACCCACUGCAGUGCAUCUGGGACACUGGGCAGCCUGGGGCCAGGUGUGGGGCAAGGGCAGGGUUUUCUCAGCACCUGCUUAUGUCCAGUUGUCAAAAUCAGGCUGGUCACCAUAAUCUGCAUCACCCUGUGUGCACAGGAGUGCUGUCCUGUCUCUCUAGGCCUGUGGACAAAAGAAAAGGUCCCUGUCCCACGGGAGUGACAGGCAGUAAUUAGGCUGACCUGGGUGAAGGUUCCCGGAAACCACUGUUCUCCUUGGAGCAGCCGCCACAGGCAGCUGGAGUGUUUAUUUGAUUUCUGACUUGCUAAGCCUGUAAUUUACCUGCUGGAGCAGACAGAGUCCAGCUGCCCGAGCCCUGAAAUACUGUCAUUAAAAGCAGAUCCUGGGCCCGCCCAACCCACAGGCACAGCCCAGCCGAGGCGGAACCACCCCUGUGCCCAAAGACGCGCAUCUCUGCCAUCAGUCUGCACCUGAGGAGGGGCCCGGGACAUCAGGCCUGGCAGCAGGUGUGGAGGCCAGGGGCCCUGCUGCAGGACAGCAGCCCCUCCACAGGGACCUGGAAGGGACUGUGGAACAAGUACAGAGAAAGAGACUCUGGGAUAGAGAGCAGGUCCAGACUGUCUGCAAGGUGGAAAGUUCCCCAUCAGUUAAGGAUCUAAACUCUGGCCUAGAUGUUAAGAGAGCUGACCGGGUAGAUGGUUUCCUCCUCUGGGUCUCAUUUUCCCAUGUGUACAUGAAAGCAUUCGGCUUUCUGGUCUCCAAAGGGCCUUCUGCUGGAAAUCUUGUCUGCCAACCCUUUCUCACACUGAGCCCAGAUGCUGCCUCACAACCUUGAAUUGGGGGCUCAGGUGGUGGUCACAGAUCAGAGCUGGUAUAAAAUAUAGAACUGUUUGCCAUUCUAGUCCUUAUCUAACACUUCCAUCUUCCUAACAUCAAAGAUGACCUUUUAGGCUAAUGUAAGUUUAAAAUUAGCCAAUUAUUUUGACAAUUCUUUAUUUCACCCUCGCAUCUUUUGUGCCCAGCCAAUAGCCCAACACAAUUAGGGGUACACCAGGAAUGUCUGUCAAAUCACCCAAAGAUUUAUAGACAGGGAUAUAUAUACCUCACCUGUCAGGCUGGGCACAGCAGGAAUGACUGGAGAUUGUAAUCUUCCUUUUUCAUGCACAACUGAAAAACAGGAAGCCUCUGCCUGCCUUCCUGGGUCAGACUUCCAGCAACUUCUGCCAUUCAGGCAAAUGAGAUCAAAUGGAGAAAGCCCUGAGCAGUGAAACCAUUGUGAAUGGACACAAAGCUCCUGCAUUUUAUGCCCUGUUUAUUGCAUGAUACUGCAUGCAUUUAUCGCAUAUGUUAGAUUUCCAGUUAUCCGUUUGCUGAGCCAAGCACAGCAGCUGCAGGGGGUGGCCCAGGCUGGCAGAUACACAGCACAGAUGCCACCAUUUCCCUUUCUCUUGCUCAGGGCAUGGCUGGUUUAUCUGGUUGCACAGGACCCGAAGGAUACAUAUGGGUGGUUGGUCAGGCCCACUGACAACGAGGAAUCAAGGACUGUUGCCAGAAGGGAGGGCAUGUGGGAAAAGGCUGAGGACACGUGCAGAGCAGUCUCGGCUUUGGCAGUGCAAUGCUGGCCUGGAGGCCAAGUUAUUACAACAUCUCUGUCCAGGGUUUUCUCAGGUGGGGAGGUAACCUGUCCUGGAAAAUUACCAAAGGAACAGAGGCAGCACAGCAAGAGUACAGCAUUUUGGAGCCAAAUGGAUGUGAAUCUUGGGUCCUUUUCUAUGGUAGGGUAGGAUAUUGGUUCUUUCCUUCCAAGGCUAUUGGAAAGAUCAGAUAUGUACAUACACAUUUAGGACAAUGUCUGCCAUAAAAACACUUAGCAACUGGUACCUGUUGACAUUACAAAAGGAUCUGCUGAUCUCUUUCUGUGCUUGUCCAGAAUGUGUUCUGCAGGUGAUGGUGUACUUAUUUCAGAGUUGUGCUUUCUCCUGAAAAUCUACACCCUGCAGUCUCUGGAGGGAGGACUUUGUGUUCCCACUUGCUUUCAAGGCCUGAGGAAAGUGCCUGGUUACGGCCAAGGCUGUGAACCUUUUUCCCAUGUUCCCAGGGGCAAGGGGAUCCCACCAGCCUGCUUAAAGGUACAAAGCACUCAACCCAUCUUUUAAAAAACAGGUUUUUCAUUUAUUACAAAAAUAAUGCAGUUUUGGAGGACAAAUUGGGGAAAAAAAUCUGAAAUUGUCACAGCUGUAUGAUUCAUAAACACAGUAUUUUAGUGAAUUUGUUUCUAGGCUUUUUCCUUAGGAUACACAUGUUUAGAGGUUUACAUGUUAUAGAUAGGUAUUUUUACAAAAUUGGGAUCACACCGUAUCAUAUAAAUUGCUUUGAAAUAUGCUUUUCCCACUUCAUUAUGUAGUAGAAAUUUUCCUGUUAAUAUUUUUUGAAAACAUGGCUUUCUUGGUUUUUAACACCUGCAGCCUACAAGAUGUGUUCACAACUAAAAAGUAGGUCCCAAAUCCCUUCCUGGAGUGUUGCUGCAGGCUUUUGGGACUGUGACAUCACAGCCAGCCACAUCCGAGGGCUGAUGUGCUGUCAAAGAGGAAACUCUAGCAGCCACGGGACCAACUCUGGGGCCACAACCUGAAGGAGUCAGUGCACUGGCAAAACCCGGCCCUGUUUGAGGUGCUGGGGCUGAGGCAAUGCGCAUGCAGACCAGGAAGCUACCUCAGACACCCUUGGGUACACUUCCGAAGGACCAGAGCCUUCCCAAGUAACAGGUUUGGUAGUAUGCUGUGAGGAGCUGAUCAGGUAGCCAGGCCACUGCUCCCCAGGCUCUGGGGCACCUCCUGUCUGGCAGGGAAGAACCCUGUUUCCUUAGGUCUCCCCAAAGGGUCCAGGCCAACUAUAGGGACUAUGUGUCUCCCUGAGGGCCUUGGGCCCCCUGCCAUAGGCCGAGGCUAGAGCCCAAUAAACCUCCCAGGACCCCACUUAACUACGGGGAGGCAGGCUGAGCUUCCUAUCCUGCUCUACCAUGUUCUGGGACUUUGUAGCCAUGUCACCCAGGCCUUGGUUUACCUCUGUAUAGGGUUCUGCUGCGGAUACAGGGAUAACACCUGCAGAUGGUCCGUAGCACACUGGGAGGGGCACUGGCACCCAGUGGGUGCUACCAAGGAACAAGAGAAAGCAACAAGGUCAUCAUAGGAGUCAGUCCCCUCUUGGGAGGUGGCUGUGCUAUACCCUUUUAUACACAUCCUUUCCUGGUGGCUGACCUGUGAUGGUCAUAGUUUGCCCUCAGAGUGGGGGCCUGCGCUUUGAGGGAAGGUCUCUUUUGGGAGCUCUGUAGGGUCAAGGGUAACCAUGUGGUACAUCCUAGCCACAAGGAAGACAGAAACCCCAAGUAGGAGCUCAGCCAACAUCCCUCACAGGAGCUAUCCUGGGGUCACCAGGGCCAGGAGGCACCAGGCUCGUCCAGAUCUUAACAUCAAAAAGCCCAGCCCCAUGGAUUCUGAAUGGUCCUAGCAACCCAACCAGAGAGGUGCCUAGUGGCCACAGGGCUCGUCCCUGCUCAGGCCUUCAGCAGGUGAGGGAUGCUUGAAAGCCACCUGGCUGAGCUUGGAGAGAGAAGCUUGAGCUCCAAGCAGUGGCUGCAUUAGGAGGACCAGACUGUGAGCUCAGCAUGGGGUGGGACCGUUUGUUUAAGCCAUCAGCAAACUUUCUGCAAAGGUUCAUGUCAUAAAUAUUUUAGGCUUUGGGUCUGUGUUGGUUAGUUUUGUGUGUCAACCUGGCUGGGCCACCACGGCCAGUUUUUGGUCAAACACCAGUCCAGAUGCUGCUGUGAAGGUACUUUUCAGAUGUGAUUAAUUUAAAGCAACAGGCUGGAAGUAGAGCAGAUUACUCUCCAAAACGUGGGUGGACCUCAUCCAAUCAGUCGAGGGCCUUUAAGAGAGGAAAGACUGAGCUUGCCAGAGGGAGGAAGAAUUCUGCCUCUAGACAGCCCUUCAGACUUGACCUGCAACAUCAACUCUUCCCUGGGUCCCAGCCUGCUUGCCUGCCCGGCAGAGUUCUGACUUGCAAGGCCCACGGUCAUGGAGCCAAGUCCUUAAAAUAAAUCUCUAUAUAUACACAUGUCUACACACAUCCUAUUGGUUCUGUUUCUCUGGAGAGUUUUAACAUGGGGACCAUAUAGUAUCUGUCACCAACUACUCAGCUCUGUCACUGUGAUAAGGAAGCAGCCAUAGAGAAUAUGUAAACAGAUGGAUGUGGCUGUGUUCCAAUAACUUUAUUCACAAAAAAGGCAGCAGGUUGGUUAGACCCAGGUAGCUGGGUGACAUCCUGUCUCCAGACAAAUAAGCACAGUAUGUGGCACAAAGAAGGCAUUUUGAGUUAAAAUAUUGUGUGAAAAAUUCUGUAGAAUGGGAGCACCUGGCUGGCUCAGUCAGUAGAGCAUGUGGCUCCUGACCUCUGGGUUGUGAGUUCAAGCCCUAUGCUGGGCACAGAGCUUACUUAAUAUCUGUAGAGUGAAUAUGAAGAAAUAAACACAUGAAUCGCU